AUGAAUAUGGCUACUAUAAGAAAUUACCAUGAAUCCAUAAAUGAAACAUAAAUUCAAGUCUAUAUAUGAGGUUUGAACUUAUGUCACGAGAUUGUGUAAAGAUGAAAAAUACGUUGUAGUUUAUUCUCAGCAGCAUAUCAGCGAACAUUUCUUUGACACUUGUAUUUUUUUCUCUUCAAAGGAAAAUCAAUUUUUUUCCCCAUAUAUAUAUUUAUACAGAGAUGGAAGUCAAUUUUAAGACGACAAAAAUUGUCAUGUCAUUAAUGGGCUGUUGGCCAUUUCAAAAUCGUGCACUAAAAAUUUUUAUGAAAUUUUUUAGUAUCUUCUCUUUUGUAUGCUUGCAUAUCGCUCAAAUUUGCGCUCUUUAUACAGGACGUUAUGAUUUUGAAUUAACCGUUAAACGAAUACCAUUAAUUAUCAUGGGUUUUGUAUAUUAUGUACAUUUAUUGUUUUUCAUCAUUCAAGGGCCAAAGAUAAAUCAUUUGUUAAGUGGUAUUUCAAAAGAUUUCAAAACAUUGAAACCAUUUCUUUCUGAAAUGAAAAUUUUAACCAGAUCAACUGAUGAAGGAAGAUUUAUUGUUGCAACAUAUGCACUUUAUAUUAUGACCACUGCAAUUGUAUACAGUAUAGCAGUAAUUACUCCAGCAAUUUGUAAUAUAUUUUUAAAUGAAAAUAAAACAAUGGAAACAUAUUAUUUGUACGAUGUAGAUUACGUAGUAAUUGAUUGUAAAAAUUAUUAUUUUCUAACAAAUAUUCAUGGAUUUAUUGGUGGUAGUUUCUCAGUGGUUGGUGUAAUAACUAGUGAUAUUAUAUUGUACACAUUAAUACAACACAGUUGUGGAUUAUUUCAAGUCUUAAUGCAUCGAAUAAAAAAUAUUUCAAACAUUAUGAAUAAUGAAAAUAAAUGGAAUAUUAAGAGAAAAGAUCAGAUGUUUGAAAAAGUUGUGGAUUGUCUUAAUUUGUAUGGACAUGUACUUGAUUAUUCACAAAAAAUCAAUGAAUGCUUUUCGACUUUUCUGUUUUUUUCUACUGGAAUAAUAGUGGCACUUAUGAGCUUUCAAGGUUUAAUGUUGAUAAAAAACAUCAAUAAUAUUGAGUUUGUUAUGAAAUUUUCUUCCAUCGCUUUAGGUCAAACACUUCAUCUUUUAUCUAAUUGUGUUCCUGGACAAAAGCUAUUAGAUUAUAGCUCUAAUAUUUUUUAUUGCAUAUAUGAAAUUAAUUGGUAUGAAAUGCCCAUUAGUAUACAAAAAAUGUUAUUAUUAAUGAUGAACAGAAGUUUACGAGAAUCAAAAAUAAUGGUUGGAACACUUGUUGUAUUUUCUAUUGAAACAUAUAGUUCGCUUAUGAAAUUGACUUUCUCCUAUUUAAGUGUUUUAAAUUCCAUGAAGUAGAGUCAAGGUAACUUACAA